CACUGUGGUCCACUCAUCGGUUUCGGCAACAGCAGAAACAGCAGAAGCAAGGGCGGCAGCAGUAGCGGCAGUAGCAGCAGCAGCAACUAGCUAGCUCCGCACUCCCCCCGCCUCCCCUAUAUUUUAAGACUAGAAGCAAACAGCAGCUGCGGCAGCAGGACGGCUCCGGGCACCUGUGAGCCCAGAGUGCAAUGAAAGGAAGACUAGCUGGGGAUCCUAUUCGAUCCACCCUCUGAGCUGGAGGAAGGCGAGGAAACCUGCCUGCUGGGAUUUCUUUGCUCCACAUGACCCACAAGCUGGCAAAGGAAGGUCCUGUUUGAGUUCGUGGUGCUUGAUUGUGGGUAGGAACAUGUGGAGGCUAAGAGUUGACUGGAAGUAGGUAAAAAUUCGUGCCCAAGUCUUCUAGAGGUGUCUGCAGCCCACAGCUGGGACCAUGUCAGCUCCUUGCCUGGACUUUGGCGAGGUGGAAAGUUUCCUGGACAGGAACCCAGAGCUCUUUGAAGACUAUUUGAUGAGGAAGGGGAGACAGGAGCUGGUGCAGAAGUGGCUGAAGAAACAUGGCCAAAACCAGAGGGUCUCGGCUCCAGGCCACUUUCCUUCUGAGGUCAGGGCCCCAGAAUGCAGUGCUGCCGCUGUUGCUGCUGGUGUCCAGUCUGUGAACAGUCAAUCCAGUCCAGGUGUGGGAGAUUCUGGCACUGUUCCCAUGAGCCCCAACUGGGCCAGUAGUGGCCGUGGUGAUGGGGGCCUACAGCGGAGGGCUUCCCAGAAAGAGCUGAGAAAGAGCUUUGCCAGGUCCAAAGCCAUCCACGUGAAUAGGACCUAUGAUGAGCAAGUGACAUCUCGGGCCCAAGAACCUCUGAGCAGCGUGAGGCGGAGGGCCCUGCUCCGAAAGGCCAGCUCCCUGCCUCCAACCACUGCCCACAUACUCAGCGCCCUGCUGGAGUCUCGGGUCAACUUACCGCAAUAUCCCCCAACAGCCAUUGACUACAAGUGCCACCUCAAGGAGCACAACGAGCGCCAAUUCUUCCUGGAGCUGGUCAAGGAGAUUUCCAAUGACCUGGAUCUCACCAGUCUCAGUUACAAGAUCCUCAUCUUCGUCUGCCUCAUGGUGGAUGCUGACAGAUGCUCCCUGUUCUUGGUGGAGGGAACAGCCUCGGGCAAGAAGAGCCUGGUCUCUAAAUUCUUUGAUGUGCAUGCUGGAACCCCAUUUCUUCCCUGCAGCAGCACAGAGAACUCUAAUGAGGUGCAGGUGCCUUGGGGAAAAGGCAUCAUUGGCUAUGUUGGGGAACAUGGGGAGACUGUCAACAUUCCUGAUGCUUACAAGGACCGAAGAUUCAAUGAUGAAAUUGACAAGUUGACUGGAUACAAGACAAAGUCAUUGUUAUGUAUGCCGAUCAGAAACAGUGAUGGAGAGAUCAUUGGUGUAGCACAAGCAAUAAACAAAACUCCUGAGGGUGUUCCCUUCACUGACGAUGAUGAAAAAGUUAUGCAGAUGUAUCUCCCAUUUUGUGGGAUUGCCAUAGCUAAUGCUCAACUAUUUGCUGCUUCAAGGAAAGAGUAUGACAGAAGCAGGGCUCUGCUUGAAGUGGUUAAUGAUCUCUUUGAAGAACAAACUGACCUGGAGAAAAUUGUUAAGAAAAUCAUGCACCGGGCCCAGACACUGUUAAAAUGUGAACGUUGUUCAGUUUUGCUCCUAGAGGACAUUGAAUCACCAGUGGUGAAGUUUACCAAAUCCUUUGAAUUGAUGUCUCCCAAAUGCAGUGCUGAUGCAGAGAACAGUUUCAAAGACAGCAUGGAGAAAUCCUCCUAUUCAGACUGGCUCAUCAACAAUAGCAUUGCUGAGCUGGUAGCUUCCACAGGCCUUCCGGUGAACGUUACCGAUGCUUAUCAGGAUCCUCGCUUGGACGCCGAAGCUGACCAGAUAUCUGGCUUUCAUAUAAGAUCUGUGCUCUGUGUGCCUAUUUGGAACAGCAAUCACCAAAUAAUUGGGGUUGCUCAAGUCUUAAAUAGACUCGAUGGGAAGCCUUUUGAUGAUGCUGAUCAACGACUUUUUGAGGCCUUUGUCAUUUUUUGUGGCCUUGGGAUCAAUAACACAAUAAUGUAUGAUCAAGUGAAGAAGUCUUGGGCCAAGCAAUCUGUUGCUCUUGAUGUGCUGUCUUAUCAUGCAACAUGUUCAAAAGCUGAAAUGUGGUCAUUUAAAGCAGCCAACAUCCCUCUGGUCUCAGAGCUUGCCAUUGAUGACAUACAUUUUGAUGACUUUUCCCUUGAUGUUGAUGCCAUGAUCACUGCUGCUCUGCGGAUGUUCAUGGAGCUGGGGAUGGUGCAGAAAUUUAAAAUUGACUAUGAGACACUAUGUAGGUGGCUUUUGACAGUGAGAAAGAAUUACCGAAUGGUACUAUACCACAAUUGGAGACAUGCUUUCAAUGUGUGCCAGCUGAUGUUUGCAAUGCUAACCACGGCUGGGUUUCAGGAGAUUUUGACUGAGGUGGAAAUUUUAGCGGUGAUUGUGGGCUGCCUAUGUCAUGACCUCGACCACAGGGGGACCAACAAUGCCUUCCAAGCUAAGAGUGGAUCUGCUUUGGCCCAGCUUUAUGGAACUUCUGCUACCUUGGAGCACCAUCACUUUAACCAUGCUGUGAUGAUUCUACAAAGUGAGGGUCACAACAUCUUUGCUAAUUUAUCUUCCAAGGAAUACAGCGACCUCAUGCAGCUUUUAAAGCAGUCCAUAUUGGCAACAGAUAUAACUCUGUAUUUUGAGAGGAGAACUGAAUUCUUUGAACUUGUCAGUAAAGGGGAUUACAACUGGAAUGUCAAAACCCAGCGUGAUAUAUUUCGAUCAAUGCUAAUGACAGCCUGCGACCUUGGAGCCGUGACCAAACCGUGGGAGAUCUCCAGACAGGUGGCUGAACUAGUAACCAGUGAGUUCUUUGAACAAGGAGACAGAGAAAGAGCUGAACUCAAACUCACUCCUUCAGCUAUUUUUGAUCGAAACAGAAAAGAUGAACUGCCUCGGUUACAAUUGGAAUGGAUCGAUAGCAUCUGCAUGCCUCUGUAUCAGGCCUUAGUAAAAGUAAAUGUGAAAUUGAAGCCCAUGCUGGAUUCUAUUGCUGUGAACAGGAGUAAAUGGGAAGAGCUGCACCAGAAAAUGUUGCUUUCUCAGACACCUUCUCCGCCUUCUUCCUCUUCCAGCCUCACUGUGUCAGUGGAAGAUAUCAAUUAAACCUGCCUGCAUCUGUUGCCACUGCAAAAUGACUGGUUCUCAAAAGGCUCUCUUUGGCUUUGCCGCAAUUUUUUUUUUUAAAUGCCACAGACAAGCUUGGGGUGCUGGAGAUGAUCACAUUAAUCGGGAAGUGGCUUUCACCUUUGGGUUUAGUCAUUCUGAACAGCAAGUGAAACUGGAAUAAUAUAGGAAGAGAUGAGGCACAGAGACUGCCAUGGAUGAGAGGGCCACCUUUCCACUGCUGCUGUACAGAGAAUAUCUAUACCACAGGAUCUGAGGCAGAAAAAAAGGUCACUGACCCAGAGCAAUGGUUGGAAUGCUGUCUGGUUGGUAGCACUCACACAAGCAGCUGAGGGGAAACAGAAUAGGGAGUGCAGAAUUACUGUGUUGUUUUACAUAUUGCGCCACUAUUUGUUAUAAGCUAAACACUGCCUGCUUUUCUGUUCUCUGCUUGCUUUUGCUGUUCUCCCUUUUAUGCCAGAUGUCCCAAGGAAUCUCCUUUGUAUUCUACGGAUUUUUUUUUUUACAAUGAAGCUUCUUUGUAGAUUGAUCGGGGGCCUUUAGAAUAGCCUAUCUUGGCUACUCUUAAAAAAUGAACUUUAUUAUCUUGAAAAGCCACAACUUGUGCCAAUUUCCCUGGAAGAAGUCAGUAAGAAUGCAGUAAUUUGACCAGUAGAAGUUUAUAUAAAAGUAAUAACACUGCAUGGGGAUUGUGGGCCCCUCCUUCAAAGCUGCCCUAUUCAAUAUUCACAGUGGAAAGUGUCUCCUCCCAAGAGAAGAGGAUUAACGGACUUUAAUUAAAGUAUGAAUGGAAAGGAAAUCUAUAGCUCUGAAAUUCACAAUCUGGAUUUAGCGUAAAUGGGUCAUGUUCUUUUUUGGAAUUGUUUUCUCAGGAGAGCCAGGCAUUUCACAAGAAAUAGAAUGGGCCUGGUGUACCAUCUGACCGGGACAUUGACUACAGGGAGUUUUCUGACCAAUGGCUUUGUUUCGUCUUGAUAUAGCACAGAAGGCUAAGAUACAAGUCUGGACAGUGAACACACAUUCAGCCUGAAAGACCGAGGCUCGUUUCAGUUUGAUUAAGCUGGCUUUGUAAGCUACUACAACACCUUGUCUUCAGAAUGUCCAGCUAUUUUGCAUGAGCUUUAAAACUGAACUUCUGAACUAGCUGUAUGACACUGCUAAGGAAGUUGGGUGUUUUGUUCACAGAACAAAGAAAGGCAUCAUGGAGGAUUGAGAAUUGUCAGAGGCAAUGCAGUUGUAAUAGAAAGCACCCUGCUUCUGAUGUCAGAAGACCCAGGUUCAAAUCCACCUUCUGAUUUAUUUAUAUGACCACAGGCAAGUCAUCCACUCUUUCCAGGCCUCAGUUUCCUCAUCUUUAAAAAAAAGGGGUUCUAUUAGACAGCCUCUGAUGCUCCCUCUGGGCUUGAUUUCCUGUGUAAUCAUAUAAUUCAUUUAACCUCUGAGGGCCCAACUUUCCUCAUAUGUAAAAUCAGAGUUUUGAACUAGUUAAGGUUAUUUUCAAUUCUAAAUCUAUGAUCCUAGACAUAAAUUCUAGUCCUAGAUUAGUAGUGUGAUCUUGGGCAAGUUACUUAACCUCCAAAUCUCAGCUUCCUCCUCUGUAAAAUGAGGGAGUGGGGCUGACUCGAGUCCCAUCUGGCUUUUACAAUUCUACUCAUGCCCAUUUUCACCUUUACUGAUCCACACCAUCUCUCACCUUCAUUUCCUGAAUCCCAGGGAACAAAAAAAUAAGGUAUAAGAGGAGAGGGAGAGCAGAGAGCAGAGGAAAUUAGCUAAUACUCCCAAUGUAGCAAGAAAUGAAUUAAGUUGUGGGGAGGGAGGACUGUAUGAAGAGGCAAAUAAGAAGCAAAUUAUGUAUGUUGAAUGGAGAGGUAAAGAAACAGGCUGUGUAACAAAGGAACUGUGGCCAAAGAAUAGCUCACAUUUCUAGAGCACUUUAAGAUUGUUAAAGCCUUUUCUUACAAUACUGUGAGUGCCAAGUAUCACUAUCCCAGUUUUAAAGACAAGGAAAAUGAGGUUCAGGGAAAGUAAAAGCCAGGAUGGGAACCCAGGUCAUGAUUUGAAAUCCAGGACUCUUUCCACUAAACCAUGAUACAAAAAAAAGGGGGGGUGGGGAGGUAACACAGGGAAAACAAGGAGAAAAGGAAAGGCUGCCCUAAGACGGAAGAAGGAGAGGCUGUGUUAUCAGGAAGUUGAGCAGGAGAAGGGUUUAGAAAGGGAGGGGCUAUGUAGAGGAGAGAUGGGAAGCCUUAAAAAAAAAAUAAUGCUUCUGACUAUCCUUUACAGCUUCCUCGGUAGGGAAGGAUCGAGAAACUAUAGGAGAAAAUGAGUGUAGAAAGAUGCCUCAAUAGAGCAGGUAAGAGGAGGUCGUUGAGAUUUAUGGGCUUUAUUACGCCCAUUUUCUGAACUGCCACGCUGUAAAGGAAAAUGGCUUCUUGCAGGGCUGUCUUACUUCCUCCAGGUGAGGAACAAAGGUGGGUGGGGUUAGAAACAACCGCCCCUAUCUCUGCUUUCAGAGACACUGCAAGUGUUUAUGGGUAUUGUGCCACAUCAUGUUUACAUCACAAAAGGGAAUUGAAAAACAAUCCACGUGAGGCAGAGACAAACCCACAUAUGUUUUCCUCAACCACUACAAAUAAAUAGCCCAAAAAGACUCAUACAAGUCCAUCUAAAGCAAAUUCAUAUGUGUUUUAUGGCCAAAGGAAAAAAAAAAGAUAGAUCCAUAGUUUGACUUGCUACUGCAGACUGGCAGUUCUGUGUACUGUGGCUCUCCUGAACAUUGAUGCUGCAUAUUGCUAAGCGUAACAUAAUUUAUAGGACAAACCCUACAAUCUCCACCAAGGUUGAGUUUUUCUUCUCCUUUUUAUUGGCUUCACUGCACGGUUGCCAAUAGCAACAUCCACUGGUAGCAAGGGGAGUUCAACACCAUUGCAACCUGCCAUACAGUGGAGCCCUAACAAUGUCAGCCAUCCAUCAUGUAGCUGUUUGUAAUUGCCUCCAUCUAUUUCUCCUGUCUUGAGGUAUCUCUCCCAUUGUGGGUCAAAAUUCAGAAACUGCUGACUAAUGCCAUGAGUCUGUUCCUCUGUGGCCAUAAAGCAGUGGAAAUGGAGUGUGGCAGGCUCCCCAACCUCAGUGACCCAGGAUUAAAUGUUGAUACCUUGAACUUUGUGAUAGGGGAAAAAAAAAACAUCAUGAUGGCCUUAAGGUUUUUGAAAUGUUUGCUUUGGUGACUCUUGUUAGUUUUAAAAUAUAAUGAAAUUGGUGGUCAUUCUUUAGUCAUCUUUUAAAAUGUCAAUUAUGGAGGUGAUUUUUUUUUAUUGAUGCCCUUUUUUUGUAUUUUAUCCAUUUCCACAAUUGACAUCACCACCUAGCCACUGAACCUUCCCCACUAACAAAGAAAAAUAGUUCAGCAAAACCAACUGCUGUGAUGUCUUGACAGUAUAUACAACAUUCCAUAGCCAUAGCCCCCUACCUCUCCAAGGAAAAGGAAGAGGGACAUUUUUCCAGCAAAGAUUAGUCAUUACAGUUACUGAGAGGUGCGAUUUCUGCAGCCCUUUCUUCUUAUUUAUUUGCUAUUCUGGAGAGGGUUUCCAACUUGUGCCUUCCUAGGAAAUGACUCCCUGUAGGCCAGAAUUUGUUUGAUUAAUAUGAAAGGGAUAUUUCUCAGUGUUUCUAUGGAGCUGAAUGUGAGGGCAUCCAAAUAACUCCAUCUUACUUUCCCUAAAGAAUAAUUUAUCCUAUUACUCACUGGUGGUAUGGCUUUCCACUUUAACCUGAGACUGUCAGCCAUGGUGGAAUAAGGACUCCACCACAUGAUGGAAGAGCCACUAGACUGGCAAUGAGAAGAAAUGGGUUCUAGUUUGGCUCUGGCUCAAAUAGCUGAGUAACCCCGGGCAAGUUCCUUCAUCUCUACUGUCCCCAGUUUCCUCCUCUGUAAAAUGGCAGGGUUAGAUGAAAUAAUGUCUAAGGCCCUUUCUAACUUUUACAAUUCAUGACUCUAGGUCAUGUCUACACCAACUCCAAGACCCAGGUGGUCUUUUUCAUUAUACCUCAUGACAACAAUCAUGUCUGUUACUGAUUUCUUGAAAGUGACAAACUUUAAAGGGUUAUCAUCACUGGGCAUUUGGGUUAUGUAUACACCAGCCUUAUCAUUUUCUAAUCCCUGAACACAUUUCUGCUGACCACAAAAGGCACUACUAUUCAAUUGAGAGUCAAAAUGAAAAAGUCGUUUCUACUUAUUCCAUAUUAUAAAUGACAAAAUUUAGUAAAUGAAUUUAAGAAGUGAAUCAAGCUAAGGUAGCAGCAAUUAUUUUCCUCAUCUGAAAGAUUUAAGAAUGUCUAUGUAUUUUUGGUAUGAUGCAUCUGCAAAGAAGAACUGUCAAAUUUAAAAUCAUUUAAAACAUAAUGUUAAUUUUUGUUGAUGUUACUAACAGCACUUGAUAUUAAUGCCAAGGCAAUUUAUUAGGUACUAUUUUCUUCUUCAUUUAAAGCAAAAUGUUUAUUAUACUUUUAAAGGUGUUCUUCCCUUAGGACAGUGAAUAAAAAGUGGACAGAUUCACUUUAGGGUACAGAUAAUUUUUGCCUUGCCUGAUUCUUAUAGGUUGGGGAUUAUCAACAGAAUGGGACAAUUUCCUUCAAGAGGCAUAAAAAUCUGGACACAACAUGAGAAGUUUAAGUUUAAAGAGAAAUGUUUUCAUUGAAAAAAAUUUUAAAUGUUUCAUUUUAUUCAAAUAUAAUUUGAGAACCUUCUAUCAUCACUGCAGUGAAACUUUACUCUGUUUCAAAAUACCAAUUCUUGAAAGACACACAGUAUGGUCUGCCAUGUGCAAUAAUGAAUUCCCCAAACCAGAAUGUAUCAGGAAAUAGAAAGUAUAUGAUAGUACAGUCUGACUACAAGAAGGCAGAGAUUCCAUAAACUUCCUAAGUGGACUGUAAUUGAAUGAAACAACAUCUCCAGCAGAAAUAAAAUUGUCAGAGGCAAAAGAAUCUGGAGAAUUUCAUGAAGAAGAAUUUAAUUUAACAGUACCUAAUGACAAGCUUACAUUGUUGGAACACCAAUCUCUUUUCUUCAGCUGCUUAUUUGGGGUACCUUUUCCAAUUUACUUUCUAAAGAACUUGCAUGUUUAGCAUUACCUUUCCCAGGUGUGUGGAAAAUCAUGUAAUCUGUCUCUUUGGGUAGGUAGAUGUGUCUUCAGACACAUGCCCUCCUACAGAGGUAAUAUAUUUGCUUUCUUAAGUGAAUGAACUUUUAUGUCAUGAAACUGUUAUUUAGGAUGGUUAUUUAGCUUUGUGUUCAUUUCCUGUGUAGACAGACCUUAGAUCCACAAACCUUGUUUUACUGUCAAACAGUUCACAUUCAACUGGAUCCCACCAAUCUCCCUUUAAGAACAAAACAAAACAAAGCAAAACAAAACAAAAUACACCACAUGUCGUGGAAAUAACAUACUAAUCUUUGGUUUCAUCCCCAAGGGGAGAAAAAAAAAAACACCAGCCCUUUUGCCAUUUUCUCCUUUUUGGAAAUGCCUGAAGAAUUCCUAUGGAUUGACUUCUUAAUUAUUAUUGUUUUGCAUAAAAGGAACAAAAAAUGUCUUCAGUUGAAUCAUUUGAACUCCUUCCCUUUGUGUGGUUUUCUAGGGCUGAUGUGUAAUGGUUAUACAGUCUUAAAGACUGCUUUGGAAACAAACUGCUUUA